UAAUAUACAUAAUACCAUGUCACCCGUUUCUGCCUCACGCUUCAGAAAACAGGAGAUGGCUCCUGCCCUAUGAGCCGUUCUGGCUCGCACAAGCAAUGGCUCAUGCAAGGCCACUUACCUACAAUACAGUGCAACUUACAAUACAAAAUAUAUUUUAAAAAGUAGCUGUCUCUCUUCACAGUCCCCGUUGUGCCGUAAUAUGUUCUUUUGUCUGGUUUUAUUGCUAGCUUGAGUUUUGUAGUGAUAUUAUUGGCUAUUCAAAGCUUUGACAAUGUCAGUGCGCGAGCGGUGGGAAUUCUUUGUUUCUCUUUGUCCUCUCCGACCCCUUGGCUGUCGGUAUCAAGCUCAAUUGAAGUAAAACGGUGGGGGAUCUGAAUUGAUUAGUCGCCCCGGGGUUAUUGGCUCGGCAGCCCCUGGCUCGCGGCCUCUCCGCAGCGGCUCUGAAUGCCGGCGGUCAAAAGUCACGCGAAGGUUGAAGGGUCACGUUCAAUGAAAGCGAGGGGAGUUUGCUUCUCAUAGCCCUUUGAGCCGUGUCGAGACAAAGAUGAGUCGCACACCAUUGAAAAUGUGUCGCUUUACGUCUUGCCACCUGACCGUGGCAUCUCUGAGCUUUGUGUGAAUGAUGGGUGUAAACUGACCGACGCGUCUAGACUUCGACUUGAACACAACCAAACGUAAACAACAUGUUUCUAUGCAUGCACUAUCAGUGUCAAAUUGCGCAUAUUUCUUCACAGUUCUCCUGUGCGCGCCUCCUCAAAAUGUUUGAUUCUUUCUCAUUCAGAUAGCCUAUCUAGUCUAAUUAAUCCCACAUUUAAAAAGUUGUCUAUGUUCAUCAUGACAUAUUUAAUAUCAACAUGUUAUAUGUUCUAGAUACACUGGAUCAAAUUACACCAUAGUCUACUCAUUGCGUAAAAAAACGGAAUUAGACACGUAUGUCAACUUCUUCUUUAUCAGUGCAUUUCUUUUAUUUAACCAGGUAGGCCAGUUGUGAACAAGUUCUCAUUUACAACUGCGACCUGGCCAAGACAAAGCCAGUGCAUGUUAUGAAACUUCUCAAUCAUGGCCCAUUUAUAUGAGCAACACUUCUAGAGUUUUUGUCUGGACGCAUGAAACAUUGAUGAAUUUCUCACCGGAAUGUUUGGCCCGGUGCGUACUGUUGUUGGUACAGCUUGAAAACACCGCCCUAUCAAGCUUCCUUUGAUGUCUUUACAAUGUUUGUCCAGUUGCUUAGCGCAUGGUGCUGCUUCAUAAACGUUUCAGACACUGGACAAGCAUGGGGGCGGUCAGAGGCGCUGCCCUUCCUACCUCUAGUCACACCAAAAACCGAUAUUGCUUCUCUAUCUCUUUGUGUGGUGAGUUGACUCCGCACGUCUUGGAAGUCAGCGUAGAUAUAGCCUGAUUUUAUUUUUGUGUGCAGUUUUUUGUUUUAGUCUAAACGUUUUGCAAUAUUAUCAAACCAGACUGGAUUCACAGAUGUUAUUUUUGUUUUCUUAUUCGAGGCUACUUGUUGAAUCAAUGUACAGCGCAGAGGGAGAUCUUUUUGUUGGACAAUGGUUUAUUCAUCUGAAAUUUGAGAACCGUUUCUCUUGCGUGGCGAGCAACAAAAUUGGCACUUGUACCCAGAUUGGUUACGCACAAACUGGAUGGUUGCAUUUGAACAAAAUGGAGGUAUUUUCCUGAGGGGCAGCAUGGAAGUUAUGGAACUUGUUGAUGGAUGACUUUCAUGAAAUUCCUUUUUAAAAUGAAUAUAUCUUCCCUCAGCCGUGGAGAGGUUGGAGGUGGAAAGAACGUGGACACAAACCAGCCAAAAGCACUUAUAUACCCAAAAGGACUCUUAUCAGGACGCGUUGGUUGGUCCUCUCUUGUGUUUUUGGUUUGCCUCUGCGUCUUCCCACAACAGACCCGGAGUGCAAGUCUAGCUGGUUCCAAAGUGGAACAUCCAGGAGUUUGUCCCAACAAGCUGAAUGCUAACCUUUGGGUUGAUGCACAAAGCACCUGCGAACGGGAAUGUGAAGUUGACGAGGACUGUGCUGGCUUUGAGAAAUGCUGCACAAAUGUUUGUGGACUCUUCAGCUGUGUGGCCGCCCGUUUUUCUGAUGGCACCCCUGCUCAGCCGGAUGGCCAGGGCGGAGGAGAGAAGGGCUCCGGGGGCCAGGGCUCCAUCGCCACCUGCCAGGGCUUCAUCUGCAGCCAACAGGGGGCCACUUGCGACAUCUGGGAGGGCCAGCCCAUCUGCAAGUGCCAGGACCACUGCGAGAAAGAUCCCAGCUUCACCUGUGCCUCCGACGGACUCACCUACUUCAACAAGUGUUACAUGGAUGCUGAGGCGUGUACACAGGGUGUGACACUAACUGUGGUGACCUGCCGGUUUCAUCUAUCUGGGCCUCAAACAAGUCCGCUCCCUCAGGACACAACAGCCAAUCCAACGCUGACGUCCUUCCUGGAAGACCCCAUUCCCCCAACGCUCUUCUCCAACCCCAGCUACAAGUCGGUCUACAUAGGUGGCACGGUGAGCUUCCAUUGCGACGUAAUGGGAGUCCCGCGGCCCGCCGUGACCUGGGAGAAGCAGAGCGAGCGCCAUGAGAGCCUGGUAAUGCGGCCCGACCGGAUGUACGGCAACGUGGUCAUCACCAACAUCGGCCAGCUAGUAGUCUACAACGCCCAGGUGUGGGACACAGGCAUCUACACUUGCGUCGCCCGAAAUGCAGCUGGGGUCCUCCGCGCCGACUACCCUCUCUCUGUCAUCCGUCGGACCGAGGAAGACAUCUUCUCGGAGGACCCCGAGAUGGCGGGAAUGCCCAUGGGGCCCCCGUUUUCACCCGCCGACUGCCUGGCGGAGCUGGACCGGCGGGAGUGCUCCGCCGAGCGCUACGUUGACUGGUACUACGACUCCGAGCAAGGUACCUGCCUGGCCUUCUCCAACGGGGGCUGCGAUGACAGCCGCAACCGCUUCGAGACCUACGAGGAGUGCCAGGCAUCCUGCCAGAGGGAGGGGAUGGGGAUCUGUUCCUUACCUGCGGUCCAGGGCCCCUGCAAGAGCUGGGAGGCCCACUGGGCCUGGAACUCCCUCCUGAAACAAUGCCAGGCCUUUGCUUAUGGCGGUUGCCAGGGCAAUGGCAAUCGCUUCCGAUCCAAGAAGGAGUGCGUGGCAAACUGUCCGCAGUCCAAACGACGAGCCUGCAAAACAUGCCGGGUCAAAGGUAAAAUCGUCCCGAGCCUGUGCCGGAGCGAUUUUGCCAUCGUCGGUCGAUUGACGGAACUGAUCGAGGACCUCGAUUCUGGGAUCGCCCGGUUCAGUCUAGAGAAGAUCCUCCGCGACGAGAAGAUGGGCUUGGCAUUCUUUAACACCCGCCACCUGGAGGUGACCCUGGCUAAGAUGGACUGGAGCUGCCCCUGCCCCAACAUCACCAUGGAGGAGGGCCCCCUAUUGGUCAUGGGGGACGUACAGGACGGCAUGGCCGUGAUACACCCCGACAGCUACGUCAGACCCAUCUCCGAUAAGAGGCUGAAGAGGAUUCAUGAAGUCUUGGAGAAGAGGACCUGUGAGAUGCUGCAGAGGUUCCGGGACUAGGGGCUCUAUUCCAUUCGUAUCUCGGAAGCUCAGCGUUGCAGUGCGAUUUAAAGGCAAUUCUCCCGCAUUAGAGGAGACUGCAUUCACGGUAAACACUGCAAAUGUUGGCGCAAUAGGAAAUUACCUUCACAUUUCUAUCACGCAAUCUAACGCUUCAGCGAGACAGAUUGAAUAGAGCCCCAGAACUGAUCACCUCAACUUGGGCUGUUAUAGCAAGACUAAUAUACAAUGGCAAUGUGAGAAACUCUUCGGUGGAGUUUGUGCCAUGAUGUACUGUAUGAAAUUACAGUGCAUUUCUUUCUGACACCGUUUUCAUUACCCAGAAAAAUCAAGCACAGACUUUUCAAACAAUGCCAAUGUUGUACAUAACACAAUCAAAUCGAGAUGUGUAAAUACCAUUAUUCAAAUAGGUUUAUUCAAAUGUAAUGUUUCAUGUGUAAGAUUUGUAUUCACUGUAAUGUGCCGUACUGUUUUCUAGUUAUAAUUCUAUGCUGAAGUGGUGUAAUGUUUCUCCUUUUUUGAAAUCCCAUAACUUCAAUGCAUACUUCUUAAAGGUAAAUUAAUACUCCAA